AUGGAAGGGGAAAACGCGGAUUUUAGCGUGGACGUUGGUGUGCGCGUGCUGGUGCGCGGCAAAUACGCAGGGGUAAUUCGCUACGUGCCCGAGCGCCGCACCGCCCUCGUGGGAGUCGAGCUCACUCGUGCACGUGGAGACAAUGACGGAACCGCAGAGGACGGCACACGCCUCUUUGAGUGCAAGCCACUGCACGGCGUUUUCGUCCGCGAAGAGCAACUCAGUGCUUUUUCGGAGGAAGAUGGUGCAGCUUGUGUGCUGCAAAGUGUGUGGCGGCGGUACAGCGCGUCACAAAAGUUCCGUCAUCUUGUGUUUUCGCACGCUUGGAACCUACUGGACAACACACAAGAACAACUCAACCUCAAACGCUCCGAGCAGCUCAAGUCGGCGGAACACACACUCGCGCAACUGACCAAAAAACAGGCUUUGAACCGAACAGUGUCCGACGUUGCCGUGUCCGAGAUCAAAAUUGAUCCGGAAUACGCGGGACCUCACUUGGUGUGGCCAUUGGAGCUAGCAAACGUAUUGGCGAUCCUGGACUCGUUCAAGACGACGCAGAUUCUGCACCACAAAUACGUGCUGGAAAUCCUAAAGGAAGGCGUGCGAUCUCUGGCUCCGUUGCCAACCUUACAGGAAAUUACACUUGUGGAAGGGGAGAAGAUCACAGUGGUGGGAGAUCUGCACGGCCAGUUGCAGGAUCUCUUCUCCAUCUUCUCGAUCAACGGCCUCCCCACUCGCAGCAACAAAUAUCUCUUCAAUGGCGACUUUGUGGACCGUGGCAUGUACGGCGUGGAGGUGGUGAUGACCAUCCUGCUCUUCCGACUCCUGUACCCGACCAGCGUCUUCCUCAACCGUGGCAACCACGAAUCUCGUAACCAGAACUCGUGGAUGGGCUUUGAGGACGAAGUGUGGGCCAAGUAUUCAGGCGCGGACGAGGACGAUCUCGAGCGUCCUGCACGAGUGUUCGAGUGUUUCCAGACCUUGUUCGAGUCCACGCCGCUCUGUGCUGUGCUCCAGCAGAAGAUCUUCGUGGUGCACGGCGGGCUUUUCUCUCGUGACAAUGUGACAUUGGCCCAUUUGCGGGGAAUUUCACGAAAGCGGGAGCCUCCUCUCCACCAAGUGAACUUUGAGGAUAAAAUCUUCGAAGACAUGUUGUGGAGUGACCCGCGCUCCAUUCAGUCUCGUCAGCCUUCGGAACGUGGCGCGGGCGUGGAGUUUGGCGUGAGUGUCACCAACAAUUUCUGUCUGGUCAACAAGAUCGCGUUGAUUAUCCGCUCGCACGAGUGCGUGCUCGAGGGCUUCGAGAUCCUCCACGGUGGUCGAUUGAUUACGCUCUUCUCCGCGUCGAGAUACUGCGGGACGCAGAUGAAUAAAGGAGCCUUUUUGACUCUGGGACCGGAUCUUCAACCGGAGAUCCAGCAGUUUUACGCGCACUCCAUCAACGAGAGCACGUUCAAAGCUCCGGAACAAGCCCAGAUGCAGGGAGUGUUGGAGGAGGAUACGCUCCGUAUGAUAGCGGAGCGUAUUUGCGACCACAAGGCCUCGUUGUACUGGUACUUCACGCAGCAUGACGAGGAGCACAACGGUACUGUGCCUCGCUUGAUCUGGGCCGAAGCUCUGCGGUCGGUACUGCAACUGGAUCUGCCUUUCUUGACGUACCAACCGAAACUCGCUGAUGUGGUGGACGAGACCUCGACACGUAUCAACUACUCGCAGUUCCUGACUCGGUAUCGUAUUGAGAACGACGCCAUGGACAACAGUGGGUGGCAAGAGAGCAUCAUCGCGUUGAUCUGCAAGAAACUGUACCGUGCGAUGGGCGCCGGCGACAUGCAACAAGCGUUUAAGGUGUUUGACGCUGACUCGAAUGGCUUCAUCGAGUACGAAGAGUUCCUCAGUACACUCAAGCAGAUGGACACGGGACUGUCGGACCAGCAAGUCUUUGCGCUUAUGCGUACAGCCGACACGAACGAUGAUGGGCGUAUUGAUUUUAACGAGUUUGCGCAACGCUUCGAGGUUAUUUUCACAGACCAGGGGAAGACCGAAUCCUCUCAGAAUUUAUCACCACCUCCGACCCCGAUGGACUUGUCGACGGACUCGGAGGACGUGAAGCCCGAGACCCCCAUCUUCACACGUCGCGUGUCUUCAGGGGAAGACCAGUCGACGUUUACGCCGCAACCGGCAAGUAAUCUGGACGUGGAGACGAUGCAGGCGUUGUUGCAGAUUGGCAAGGCGCUGUUUUCUCGUCCUGGUUCACUACAGUAUCACUUUUACCACUUUGACAAGAACCAAGACGGUGUUCUGUCGCGUACUGAGUUUGAGCAUGCGCUGGAGCAAUUGGGCUUCAAUUUCGAGCCUAGUCUGAUGGAUCGAGUCAUGGCGGCAGUGGACAGCGACGGUGGCCACUCGAUCGACUACAAGGAGUUUGUCACGGCGUUUAGCGUGCAAGAUCUGAAGGAACAGGAAGCACUGGAGUCGGGCGACCUCACGUGGCAAAACUCGGUGUUGCAACAGGUUUCGAAUGUGUUUUACCAGCAUCGGAUUCACAUUCGGAACGCCUUCCGGAUGUUUGAUGCGUCGAAUAGUGGCGUCAUCAGUCGCGACAAUUUCCGGACGGGGAUCCAAACAUUCAACGUUGUGCUCAACUCGCCACUGUCGGAUGACCAGAUUGAGGAGUUGCUGAGCUAUCUCGACAGCAAUCAGGACGGCGUGAUCAGCUACAAGGAGUUCUUUGACGGCUUCCGAGUCGUGGAUGUACGCGUCGACGAGGAUAAAUCCACCGAGAGCAAGUCGUCGGAGGAGACAAGCGACUGA